CUCCCAGCUCAUAACCCUAUGCUGUUCCUGAAUUCGCCCAAAUUCUCUCUCUGCCUCUUUACUCACUCACUCACACUCCGCUCCGCUUAACUGUAAUGGAACCAUUCCAUGCUCCGAAUCCCCAACUUCAUCGCUGUCAACGUCCGUCACCGUCUCCGUAACUUCCCUAAUCCUAUUCCUUUCCUUCUCUCCGUUUCCGUCGCUGCAUCUCUCCCUCCGUUACGGAACCGAAGCCCGUCACAGAUGGCGGCUCGCGAAUCGAUGAUGGCGGAUUACGCGAAAUCGGGGAAGUCGUCGUGCAGGGCGUGUUCCCAAAAGAUCGAAGCGAAGGCAUUGAGGCUGGCUUCGGUCUCCAAAGGAAAUGGUCCGUACGACAUCGUCAAGUGGCACCACCUCCGUUGCUUCCCUCUUUCCUCUCACUCUCACUCCUCUCCUGAGAGCAUCAGAGGCUUUUCCUCCUUGAAGAGUAGUGACCAGGAAGCUCUGAAGAAGUUAUUUGCUGAAAAUAACAAGUCUGAAGAGAAGGUUAAUGAAGCAGUGGAAGAUGUACGAAAUGAGCUGCAAGAGACUGGAGAGCGUGGUUCAAAGAGAUUAAGGAGUAGUGACCAGGAAGCUCUGAAGAAGUUAUUUGCUGAAAAUAACAAGUCUGAAGAGAAGGUUAAUGAAGCAGUGGAAGAUGUACGAAAUGAGCUGCAAGAGACAGGAGAGCGGGGUUCAAAGAGAUUAAGGUUGUGCACACCUGAUGUUAAAGCUGUGGUGAACAUUAAAUUUUCAGUUUCUGAUGUCAAGAGCAAUUACAAGUCAAAUUAUUACCUGAUUCAGGAUGCUACCCUUUUACCAAAAUGGAAGGCAUUCCAAACAGUCAUAUUUCUUGAACGGGAUGAUGGUCUGCAUGAUUCAAGUAAAAUCGCUGCAUUUGAUUUUGAUGGAUGUCUUGUAAAAACAGAUGUGAAAAGAGUGGGUGCAGAUGCUUGGUCCCUUAUGCAUUCGUCUAUUCCUGAUAAACUACAAAGCCUAUACAAUGAUGGCUACAAGUUGGUAAUUUUUACCAAUGAAUCCAAUAUUGAACGUUGGAAGAAUAAGAGGCAAGUAGCUGUGGACUCGAAAAUUGGACGUCUAAAUAAUUUUAUUGUGAAAGUGAAGGUUCCAGUUCAGGUUUUUAUAGCUUGUGGGGUAGGUAGUAAAUCAGGUAAAGUAAACAAAAAGGAAGAUGAUCCUUUUCGCAAACCCAAACCAGGGAUGUGGCAUCUUAUGGAGCAACACUUCAACUCUGGCAUUGCCAUUGAUAUGGAUAAAUCCUUUUUUGUUGGUGAUGCAGCCGGGAGAGAAUCAGAUCACAGUGUCGCUGAUAUUAAAUUUGCAGAGGCCAUUGGUUUAAAAUUUUAUGUCCCAGAAGAGUACUUCGCUUGAGCAUCUAAUUAAGUCAUUGGUUCAUAGGAAGGUUAAGGUCUUAUAGGUGUCCAGUUUUGUUUGAAAGUGACAUUACCAACUGGAAGUAUGGAACAGAAAGGAUGUAAAUGAAUUUCUGGGCAAUCCUAAACCCUAAACUUAACGCAUAGUCGACUAAUUUGUGAGCAAUCCCAAAUUUAUUUUAUGGUGCUUCAACUUGAUUCUUA